AUGGUGGUUUUACCAAAACAUGCACAGCUACCUGAAAUACCAGGAGAUGGGAAUCUAUAUUUUGAGUCAAUGUUAUAUAUUUUUGGCAUAAUAGUCAUGUUUCUUCAGUAUAUCAACCUUUAUAAAACAGUAUGGUGGUUACCUCAUUCCCACUCUAAUUAUGCUUUAAAUUUCUACCUUAUUGAUCCGAACUUAGUAUCUUUCCUGGCUAUUAUAAUGUGUAGAAGAGUUGUUGCAUGUUUUUUACAAGAGACAUUUGUAGUGAAGAACAAAGGAAUUUUAUAUUGGAUAUCCAUGUUUUUAAAAUGUGUUAUUGUUUUAUGUAUACUAGCUCUAUUUUUAUACACCGGUUAUCAAGUAGUGACUAAAUAUUCCCCUUUAUAUUGUUUAUUUUUAACUUACUCGUUCGGGUGGGACAAUAAACCACGGCUUCGUGUGCUACAGACUGUGCACGUUAAAGAUCCCCGACAGUUGGAAAUCGAAAAAGAGCAGGCUAAUGCAGCUGUCCUGGCAAAAUGUCCCUCAUUGCACCCUGCAUGGCGUUACUUGUCUUCAUUAGCCCACAUGGUGCAGAAAAAGGGGCCCAAUAGAGACCCCUUCAUAUUCCAUAGCUGUACACUGACACCAGAUAUAGUACGUGAUGAAGUUGAGGCAAUGAAACAAGACUUUAAUUCCCGAAUGAAACAAGUGCUGUUUAACUCUACUCUGACGGCAUUUUACAUGUCUUUUGUACCACUUUGCUUUGCCCAGAAUACCUUAUAUUAUGAUACUUGGUGGGUAGGACAACAUGUCAGCCUUACAUGGCUCAGUUCCUUUCUGAUGUUAAUAUGUCACUUCCUGUCACCAAGAUAUCUAGAUCUACUACAUAAAUGUGCUUUACAUCUGGGACGUUGGCAGAAAGUGGAAGGAAGACAUGCUCAUGUUCCCCACAAUGCGUGGUCUGAAUUACAAGUAUGGCCACAAGGAGCUCUAGUAAAACAUGUUCGUGGGUUGUUUAAAGCUGAAGGUAUUAAUGUUACUGCUGAACCAGGCAAUAGUUCUCAUGGUAGAUUUUAUUUUUUAUUCAGUAAACCAUUAAGAGUGUUACAUUGGUUAUUAAUAAUGACAUUUAUGUUGGUGAUUUAUCAGUUCUUCCGCUUACUGCAGUGUACCGAAUGGAGUCAUAUAAUGUCUCUAGCUUUAAUACUCUUCUGUAACUAUUAUACCUUGUUUAAAUUAAUGAGAGACUGGAUCAUCAUGGGGAAAUCAUAUAAAGAAGAAGACAAUAUGAACUCGAGUAGCUGA